AUGCGCCGCAUAACCAGCUUCAAGCCGCAGUACCGGCUGCCCGCCGCGCGCUCCGCCACUCCGCCGCCGCCGUCCUACGAGCCGCUGUCGCCCACCCUGCCGCCCGCCGCCCGCCGCCCAGCAGACCCCGCGGGCCCCUGCCGCGACGACGCACCACCGCACCACCCACACGGCAAUGGCCCGCCAGCGCCCUCUGCCGCCGCCGCCGAGGGCAGCCACGCACUGGGCCACCACGGCCUGCCGCCAGCGACACACGCCCACCCGCCGCCGCACGACGCCGCCCUGCCCCGGCCGCAGCCACCCCCGAGCUGCUCCUGGCCGCCCGGCUCGCCCAGUGACGCCCUCGCACACGCUGCCGUCACCACGUCGCAGCGCGCCAGCCCCCAGCAUGUCGACCACACGCGCCGCGCCUCGUACGCCUCGUCGCCCACGGCCCUCCCCCGUCCGCUUGGCGAGCGCGCCCCUAAGCACGCCUACCCGCGAGACCCCGCCUACACACACGACGAGCGCCCGCCCAAGCGCGCGCGCUCCGAGUUCUACAGCGCCUCGUCGCCCACGUACGUCCACCAGCACUCGCGCCCCGCCACGAGCCACAACCCGGGCUGGUCCCACAACCUCGAGCACAUGCUGGACGCGGGCAUGCGCAUGUACCCGCACAGCGGAGCCGCCGCGCCCAAGCAGGAGCACAACCCAGACAAGCGCCUCUCCGACGCCCAGCUGCUGCUCGACUUCUUCCAGGUCUCGGCCCACACCGCACAGACGCCGCCCUCGACGGCCAAACGCUUGAGCAUAUCGCAAGCAGCACCGCCCGCCUAUCCUGCACAGUACCCUCCCCAGCACGCCCCACACCACCACCACCACCACCACCCGAAGCACCAACAGCACUCGCAGCACCCGCAGCACCAACAGCACUCGCAGCACCCGCAGCACCCACCUGCGCCCACAAGCCCACACGCUGUAGCCCCACAACCCCCCUUUCACCAUGCGCAGCACCCACACCCUUCCUCGGACAUCGCCCGUGUUCCAGAACCGCCCUCGCUUCCCACUGACGCUACCUUGCCGACGCCGGCUGUCCAGGCACCAUCUCCGCCCCAAGACCACUCCACCGCCCAACCUCCGCCUCCCAUGUCCAACACAGCCAGCACCGAAGACACCAAGCCCAAAAAGCAUCAGGGCUGGCCCAAGGGUAAACCGCGCGGCCCGCGCAACACCCCGUCUACCAGCAAGAGGAAAAGGGCAACUCCAAAACCCAGAGCUGCACCUCCCACAAGCGCCAAAGGCACAGCUGAUCAGCUUCAACCGCUGCAGUCCAAUGGCGUUCCUGCCGCUGCAAACGCGUCUACCCCCUCGUCUUCCACAGUCACGCCACCACACGACCACCCAUCAGGAGCCCGCCGCCAUUCUUUCUCAAAUUCUUUUUUAGUGUUGCCGACCGCUGAUCUGCCAUCUGAAGCUGUGCGCGCUCAGUCUGUCCCCCUCCACGUCUUCCUCGACUCGGCGCCACCUGCCGCCGAACCCUGUCGGCGCACCAAAGCGCGACAGGUGAACGAGCCGGAUCUCAUAUGCGCAUCCUGCAAAUCCUCUGACUCGGAGACCAAAGUCGGCGAUGGCGAGCAGUGGAUCGGUUGCGAUGGCUGCAAAGAGUGGUACCAUUACGCAUGCGCUGGCUUCAGCAGCGAGCGUGAGGUGCGAGAGGUGAACAAGUUUUACUGCGAACCGUGUAGACCCAAAUUUGGUCAAACAACGAAGGUUCGUAAAUCUAUCAGAGCCCAUACCACCGUCGAUUACGCCGGCUUGAACGAGGGCGUCCUGAAGACGUCCGACGACAACCCCGAACACCACUACAUCGCCGCUUUCAAGAACGGGGACAUCGAGUUCACACCAGAAACGUUCGCACGCAUGCCGCCAGAGCUGGUCUCUGCCGACUUUCUCCAGAAGAGCAACGGCUUCAGAGAGCCCAUUCUCAUCCCAGGCGCGCUCAAUCCCCGUCCGUGGUCAUCCUCGCCCAACACCAACACCGAGCCCACGGCGGCCGUCGGACCACCUCCGCCAACGCAGGACGAGCUAGACUCUCCCUUCGAAUACGAGACGAUCGCCGAUGAUGGGCAAGACGAGCUAGGCAUGGUCAUACCACAAGGAUUGACGGUUCGCCGCGUCGCUGAACUGUACGGUCCAAAUGAGACCGUACCUGUCAUCGACGUCAAAGCGCAAGAGGGCGAGGGCAAGAAGUGGUCCAUGUCCAAGUGGGCAGACUACUACGAACAGCAAGGCGAGAAGCCUGUACGAAACGUCAUCAGCCUGGAAGUCUCGCGGAGCCGGCUUGGGAAACUGAUCCGGCGACCCAAGGUUGUGCGAGACAUGGACUUGCAAGACUCUGUCUGGCGUGAGGACGACAAGUUUGCGCCUCCGCCCGUCCAGUUCUAUUGUCUCAUGUCUGUUGCAGACUGCUUUACCGACUUCCACAUUGACUUUGGCGGCUCAUCCGUCUAUUAUCACAUCGUGAAGGGGAGGAAGGUGUUCUUCUUUAUACCUCCGACGAAGCAGAACAUGAAAAAGUACGAAGAUUGGUGUCUUUCACCGAACCAAGGGCACGAAUGGCUUGGAAAGCAAGUGAAGGAGUGUUAUCGAGUGGACCUGUAUCCCGGAGACACUAUGCUAAUUCCCUCUGGCUGGAUCCACGCCGUCUGGACCCCUGAAGACAGUCUGGUCAUCGGUGGCAACUUUCUGACCCGUAUACACUACGGCAUGCAGCUCCAGGUCCUAGAAGUGGAGAAGAACACCAAGGUGGCCCAGAUGUUUCGAUAUCCAUUCUUCCAGAAGAUUAUGUGGUUGACAGUCAUCAAAUAUCUUGAGGAGGAUCCAGUUCCCGAGUCCGUCCAAGAGCUUCUGCAGAGGGGCGAUCAGUUCAAGCGCGACACUCCAAUCUACUGUGAGCCUGACAAAUUCGGCCACAACUCGCAUCUAGGCCCAGCAAACUACAACCGACGAUACUAUCCCAAACAUGAACUCGAGGGCCUUGGCGAGGUCUUGAACUAUAUACACAGGACUGUCAUGAUAUCGCUGGACAAGAUCGAGAUGCCCCAAAAGACACGCAACGCCGUCAUGAGAUCUAUACCAAAGGGCCAUGGCGACCCGGUCGUCUUGGAGCGCCAUUUCGCAAUGUGGGUUGCGUGGAAGCGUGGCAAUGAGACUAUUCCAGCCUGGGCUGUCUCCGAUGUUGCACUACCUGAGACUGUAGAUGCCGUCGAAAAGAGACCGAGCGUUUCUCCAGUCAAGAGAGUGGAACGAGAGCCGCGUCCUGAACUUCCGAAAGUACCAGUGGAGGCACUGCCAGACCCGAUUAGAACGUACGAUGUAUCGCCGCCGAAUGGCGAUGCGGUUCCCAUGGUCGAGCCUGUCACCCCGUCCUCCACUGCGCCCAUGACCGGCUUCCUCCGUCCCAGUGCGAGCAACCCGCACAUAACCACCCCCAAGACGUCUCAGCUAGGGCCAAAGCGGGUUGCUUGUGAUGCUUGCCGUAAGAGGCGCAUUCGAUGCAAGCACAAGGAUGAGCUCGUAGACUCAUCGAAACCUGGCAUGCAUACAAUCGACCUUUCUGGCUCUUAUGGCAUCUCCGUCAAACGUCGUCUCAGCGACCACUCGAUAGUGGAAGGCAACGCCGCUGUUGUUGCCGGCCCUGUCAACGGAGGUCCUAUCAUGGCCGACGUAAACGGUGACCCCUACGCUCUCAAGUCUGGCCGCGUCAAGGCGUGCGCCGACUGUCGCAAAAGCAAGCGCCGCUGCAUACACGACGAAUAUGGCAACGUCGAUCCUAUCAAGGCGAACGAGGUGCCCGUGCCGAGGGGCUCUGCGGCGAAACGACGACGAGUCAGCGACGAGGACGCUGCUGGGAUGUCCAAGAGGAUGAAGACGGAAUCUGCCAUGGACGAUGGGGGACUCAUGAGCGGAGACGUGCGCCAUUCACGACACUCUCUACCGCACCAAUUCAGCAUCGGCGGUUCCUUGCUCCAAGACAUUGCGUAUUCUGCUCAGCAGGCCCUGAACCAUAGGCCAGAAGAAGAGCUCAUGCCCAUCGACCCUGCACUCCAAGGGUACGCCAACAGCGACUACUCUUCCGCAAACAUGGCGCCCUCCUAUCCACCACUGGGCGAUGAAGUCAUGUCUUCCAUUGAGCAGCAACACGGCCACCCUGAGUCAAUGGACGAGGUUGAGUACGCAGGAAACAACGGUCAGCAGCAGGGCCCUAGCAUCGAGCCACUCACGCCCGGGCUCCCGUCUUAUCACAGCCACGGACAUGACGAGGACGGCCACCGCACCCAAACGAACGGCUACAUGUCCUACCCCCCGACCCAGCAUGACGCGGUACGCCCAGUCUCCUCUCCAGUGUCGCCCAGGCACGUGCGAGCCAUGUCGCCAACCUCUCCCACCACCCACAACCACAACAUGUUCACCACCAACUCCGAUUUCCCGCCCCCCGUCACACCAAUCACACACCACCGCGCCGCGCCCUCGUCAAACCACAAGUCUGCGCAGCGACACAGUCGCACGCCCAAAUCCACGCCCGGCGGCCGGCGCCGCGACAGCAAAGACGGCAUCAAGCUCGAGCAGGGCCUCACCAUGGCCAUGACACUCGGCAUGGGCAUCAAUCUCGACUUCAUCGACCCCAACCUCGAUCAAGCCAGCCGCGACCUCAUCAAGCAGCUGCAGGCCGAAGAGCACGGUCUGCGACGCCGCAGCCGAGGGGAAACAUCAGUAGCCUCUCCAUCCCACGCACAAGCGCAACCCCAAGUCACACCCACGCGUGCGCAAGCCGGCGCAUAA